GUUCUGGAUGUCCAGCCGCUUGGACGCCAGCUCCUGCGUCUCCUGCUCUCUCUGGAAGGGCUGGAACCCGCUCCCACCUCCCCCUCCGCCGCUGCUCCCACCGCGCUCACUCCCACUGUCACCAUCCGCCAUCUUCAGCACCACCAGCCAGCUUCUCCCUCUUGUGCGUAUCUCCCUCUCCGUGUGCACACCCUCUUCAUGGUCACCACCAAAACCUACCCCGAGCGCUCCCGCAUUGGCCUUGGGUCUGCCAAUCACGACAGGCUCAACGAGUUUGAGUUUCCUCAUUGGUCGUUUUCCGCUGGCUAUCACGCCUAUAUUUUAACAUUCCUAUAUGUCAUUGGUUUAGAUGUAGGUUCUGUUGACGUAAUUAUCGUAGACCUCGUCCUACUGGACAUCGGGAUCCAAGCUCUAUCAUAUCACCGUCCAAUCAACGGGCCACAAUAUUGUUAGAACAAUUUUUACUAUGGAGUGCCAAUAAAUUGUAGCAGAUCCCUUUCUGUGCAGUUGCUAUGGCAUUUAAGGCAAAACUGGGCAAGCGUUAAAUUGAACACUAGGGAAUACUACAGACAUAAAAGCAGUAAUAAAAGCAACUCCUUGUGUCAUAACUGUUACAGUUAUACUGUACAGUGAGUCAUUUUACAAUGUCACAAAAGAGCAAUUAUUUACACUGAGAUUAAUACAUUUAACCUUGCACCUUUUCAUAAACCUAAUUUCCUCAAGUAGGCUACUAUGGUACUAAAAUACUUAGCCAUGUAACUCCUGAUAUUUUCCCUGUCACCCAGAUAUGAAUGUGAAUAUUUGAUGUUGCUAUUAAUUCCACCACAGUGGUGCCCAUCACACCCACCGAUCAGUCAGACAGUGUUGUAGCGAAUUCAGAGGGGUUCUGAUUCAGAGGCAAGCACCUUACCAAAGAUCACUACACUAUAUACCCCUCCUUCACUAUCUCACUUCUGACACCAAUGUAGCGAAUUCAGUGUGUGGAUUGGUUGAGACUCGAACCCAGGGCCCAGUCUAAAAAAACAACAUUUAAUCCAGUUUUUGAAAAAAUCCUGUGUUGUGUUAAUAAUAAUAUAAUAAUGUUAAAUUCUGUUCCCCUUCAGAUGUUGUUCCGCCUCGUGUUUUAUGCAGUUAAAGAAUCAUGGGGGUGCUCAAACCACAUUGAUAUUUCAUUUCCUACGGAGGUGCCCUGUUUUGUUAUGCCCACCAAUCCAGUUCCAACCCAUGUCAAAUCCCAGCUCACCACAGCUGCACUGACAGCAGGGGGAGAUUCGUUCCACCACUGAGGAGUCCUGACUGGGAUGGGCUUCUCUCACAUGGAAUAGGGGCGAUCCAGGGGCUUUCCCAGGAGGGCAUUAUGCUACAGAAAGUUCAGAUAGAGGAAUACAGACAUGCUUCUCUCUGGGUAUAUAGUGUAGCGAUCUUUGGUAAGGUGCUUGCCUCUGAAUCAGAGACCCAUGUUCAAGUGAUUCGUGAUUCUUCAAGUAGAUAAGAUUAGAGUAAACAAUUUGUAACGUUGCAUCCUCCUGAAUAUGCCCCAGGUGAAAGGACAGCAGCCGACAGAGUGCCUAGCCUGCAAACAUCAAGGUCCAGGUCUUUCAAUCUACUGGCAGAUAACCUGGGUCAAAUACAUAUCAAAUACUGUAAAGUAGACUGGUUGAGGGGCACUACAUUUACUAGCUUGGAGUUUGCACUUUUGGGUACUUUUGUCACGUUUCUAUUGCUUCCAUUGUGCCAGCCAAACUAAAUUACAGCGCUCAAGUAUUUGACCCAGGUCUGGCAGCAUCAAAGGUGAACAAGUGAGAGGAGAAUAGAGUGACAAUGCGAAGUUCUUGUGCUGAUGUUGCUUCCAGAGGCAGUUUGGAACUCGGUAGUGAGUGUUGCAACCGAGGACAGACGAUUUUUACUCGCUAUGCGUUUCAGCACUCGGUGGUCCCAUUCUGUGAGCUUGUGUGGCCUACUAUUUCGCGGCUGAGCCGUUGUUGCACCUAGACAUUUCCACUUCACAAUAACAGCACUUACAGUUGACCAGGGCAGCUCUAGCAGAGCAGAAAUGUGACGAACUGACUUGUUGGAAAGGUGGCAUGCUAUUACGGUACCAUUUCAUGGCUGUGUGCUCGAUUCUGUACACCUGUCAGCAACGGGUGUGGCUGAAAUAGCCGAAUCCACUAAUUUGAAGGGGUGUCCAAAUACUUUUGUAUAUAGUGUAUAUUAUCAUAUUAAGAACGGUAGGGACGGCCCCAAGUAUUCCGAAUAGCAUAGACCACAGUAUUAUUUCUCUGGCAUUUCUACUAUCAUAAAGCGUCCAAUCCAGUUGUAGAGAUGAGUAAACGCUGUGCAAACACGAUUGCAAUUGGUUGAAGAGACCGUUCGAACCAAUAAACAGAAACGCUAUUGGUUGGCUCUGGAGUCCCCUUCAUUCAUCUGCUUGGCUUUUUUUUCGGGUUUAUUGUUUCUCUCCGUUUGGAAAUACAACAGGGAAAACUCACCAGCGACAUGGUAACGAGUUUUUGAUUGUUUUAUGCACGUUGUCUGUAUUAUAGGACAGAUGAUCGUAAAUGUCAUGACAUUUUAGCAGUGAUAUGCUAAACUGGCUAGUAAGAGUAACUACUAGUAUUUAGGACUGCAAGCUUGAUGUGUGCGAAAUAGGACGUCGACGGACACUCGAAAACUAACGAAAGGGCGCCAUCUAGCUACAUGUACGCCAUCUGGUUUACAAGCGACUUGCUUCUCAUGGUUUUUCAAACAUAUUUAUCUAAUAUACGUUACGUCCCAUCUCUUUCUGAUGUAAUAUUCCAAGAUGUUCGCAAAGUUUGGGUUGUUUAUUGAAGUACCUAGCUACGGUAACUAGUUUCCACGUCCUUGACCUUACUUAGCACUGUUGGCUAACUACAGUAACGUUAGCUAACGUUAACACUACCUGUGGUAGUUAGCUACAAACUUAGCAAUAUAUAUUUCAGUUUUAGCGAGCUAACUAUUGUAAAACCACUCUUCCUUCGUAUUUGUAUUGUAGUUAGCUAUAGAAAGACAUAUUUUGACUUUUUGUUUGCCAAAUUGUAAUGAAUCGACUUAGCGAGAACCUAAAUGACAGUUUGCCAGUUACAUAGUUAUCAAUCGGAAAUGGUCCUUUAUCUUUCAGUUGGCGGAGAGAAGUGUGUGAUGAAUCAGAUUACUGUAAUGACCGGUUGCACGUUACUUCGGUUUGCUUGAAGUUACAUUUACAUUUUAGCUAGUCAUUUGGCAGAGGCUCUUAUACAGAGUGACUUACAGGAACAAUUAUUAAGUGCCUUGCUCAAGGGCACGUCGACAGAUUUUUAACCUAGUCGGCUCAGGGAUUCGAACCAGAGACCUUCCGGUUACUGGCCCAAUGCUCUUAACCACUAGUCUACAAAAAUAAAUGACAGAGAUCUUCAGUGUAUUGAUCAUUUUUCUUUUGUACACCCACACCAUUUUUUCACCUUGGUCACAGUUACACAUUGCUUUGAGAAGAAAAACGUAAAAGAAAACACAUUUAAUCAGGUUCAUGCAUCAGCCAUUUCACUGAAUCCCAUUGUCACUUUCCAGGCAGGAGGAAAAGCUGGAAAGGACAGUGGCAAAGCCAAGGCAAAGGCUGUCUCUCGCUCCCAGAGGGCUGGACUCCAGGCAUGUACCUCAGUUUCUCUUCCCUGGGUUUUCUCUAUUGUAUCAGUCACAAGUGAAUCCUGCAACACAGAUAGAUGGGCAACUUCUACCUAGAGCAUUUCUGACUGUGUGUGUGUUGUAGUUCCCGGUGGGUCGUAUCCACAGACACCUGAAGACCCGGACCACCAGCCACGGCAGAGUGGGAGCCACCGCAGCAGUUUACAGCGCCGCCAUCUUGGAGUACCUCACGGCUGAGGUGAGAUGUUUUUAUUUAACCCUUUUUUUUUUUGAGGGCUCUGACGAAGGUCAGGUAGCUUAGGCAGGUAGCUUAGUGGUUAAGAGCGUUGUGCCAGUAACCGAAAGGUUGCUGGUUCUAAUCCCCGAGCCGACUAGGUGAAAAAUCUGUCGAUGUGCCCUUUAGCAAGUCACUUAACCCUAAUUGCUCCUGUAAGUCGCUCUGGAUAAGAGCGUCUGCUAAAUGACUAAAAAAAGUAGGUUUUUGCUCCAACCCUACCCUAACGUGCAAUGACAGCCUAUUGUUGUGUCACUCUCAGGUGUUGGAGUUGGCAGGAAACGCCUCCAAAGAUCUGAAGGUGAAGCGGAUCACUCCGCGUCACUUACAGUUGGCCAUCCGCGGAGAUGAGGAAUUGGACUCCCUCAUCAAGGCCACCAUCGCUGGAGGAGGUGAGUUUUAAACUCUUGGAUUGGAUUUAUGUAUUGGUCUUCCAGGAACUCAAAGCGUUUUACAUGGGGGCAAACACCUCUUCACCUACCAAUGUGUAGCAAUAGCAUGUCCCUUUCUCUCCCUCCUGCAGGUGUGAUUCCUCACAUCCACAAGUCUCUGA